GGCAAUGUGACCAUAAUUAAAAAUAUGCCAUAUUUAUAAAAUUUCAUUUAUGAAAAUAAUGUAUUCUAUACGUCAUUAACCCAGUUGUCAGAUCAUAACUCAAUAGUCGAACUCUAGUAGGAGUAAAUAUAUUUAGAUUAAUUAAGUUUAAUCUAGGUAUGUACGACAACUGCUUCGGAAAUGGACCAUUUUUGUUCAGAUUGAAUGACAAUGGAUGUGGCCCCAAUUUAUUAAGUCAGGUAUGCUUGGAACGUGGAUGGAGAGAAUAUAGUUCAGAAAAUGGGGAAGAAAACUGGAAUUUAUGGUGGAAAACGAACAGCUUCACUGUGGCUCAUACCAAAUCACUUUCAGCAUGGCAGUUCACGAACCACAUACCAAAGGGUUCAGCAAUAUGUAGGAAGGAUAAUUUAGUUAGAUACCUAAGAUGUAUGAAAAGUGUAUACGGUUCAAUUUAUGAUUUUAGUCCAGAUGGUUAUAAUCUACCUUUGGAAUACACGAAGUUAGCAGCUGAAUGCAAUCGGAUAAAAAUCAUGCCCUACGACAAAAAUUGCAACAAAUAUCCAGAAGAUAAGCCAAUCUGGAUAUGUAAACCUGUUUCGAAAAGUCAGGGAAGAGGAAUAUUUUUAUUUCGACGGUUGAGUGAUCUCAACUACGAUAACAACACUAUCGUUCAGAAGUACAUCGAGAAACCCCUUCUGAUCGGUGGUUACAAAUUCGACCUGAGAUUGUAUGUGUGCAUACCAUCGUAUCAUCCAAUGACCAUAUACAUGUACAAAGAGGGCUUGGCUAGGUUCGGAACUGACAAAUUUAACUUGAAGGAUUUGACGAACCCAUUCCGACACCUCACGAACUGCUCCAUAAACAAACUGGGACCAAACUACACGGAAAUGAAGGAUAGGAUAGGAGCUGGUUGUAAAUGGACUUUGAAACACCUGAGGAGAUAUUUCAUCCAAGCCGGUAUUCACGAUUGGCUGUUGUGGCAGAAAAUUUCAAAUCUGGUAAUAUUGACUGUACUCAGCCACGCAACUCAAGUUCCGGAAACGGUCAACUGCUUCGACUUCUUUGGAUUCGACGUCCUCAUCGACGAGGAUUUGAGACCUUGGCUGCUCGAAGUCAAUCUCAGUCCGGCUUUGAGCAACGAUUGCGAUGCAGAUAGAGCCGUGAAGAAACCGAUGUUACAUGAUAUGUUUGAUCUCCUGGGUUUGCCCAUACAUAACACUGGACUUGGCUCUUUUGAUUUAUGGCUGGGCACAGACCAAGGUUCAGAAGGAGAAGAUAAGUCCGAAGAUCUCCAAAAACAAAACCGAUAUUCGAGGACUGAUAUAUCAAAGAAGCGGAAGAAGAAAACACCUAAGAAGACAAAAUCCAGGGGAGCCAAUGCCGCUAAAAUCAGCGCAAGUUUGACCGAUUCCUUCUCGAAGAAGCCUUUAAAUUUGGCCAGACAUACACUUAUCCUCGAUAGUCAUAAGAUGAGAGAUGAGGAAUGGAAGAAAUCUAAAUCGAAAACUUGGGGAAAUGGAACAGACUGGAGCUUUCCGAAGACAUAUGAAGGUGAUUGGAUAAGAAUAUGGCCUAUAAAACCGAUUUCCACCACCUUAAGACAAUUUAUGGAACCUCUCAAGGAAGUUAGAAACGUUGUUAUGGAGGUGUCCAAGUACUCCAAGGUGGCAAAAGAACUCACAAGAAAGCACUCAACGGCCUCUGAUAAAUUUCUGAAUCAACGUCUUGCUGAACAACUAAACAUCACCGGGGAAGUAUGGUUGCCACCAUCAUGAUUCCAGGUUUUCUGCCAGCUGAUAUGAAAUUCAAUUCUGAACUGCCAUUUUCGCCAAAUCUGAUCAGCAUCUUUUACGUAUUUACAAUGCUUUAAACUCGCUCUAUUCGUUUUAUUAUGAAGUAUUCUUCAACAUAUACAUAAACACAUCUUUUUACGAU